UUAGCUUCGUAUUUUAUGUUUUCUCGUUUCGUAUUGUUUAUACAUACAAUAUUUAGCGUAUUUGCCGAAUAUUCCAGGCUCAUCAUCGCCGUGCGCCGUUCGCAAGUACAUACAUACUUAUCCCGUUGGAAUACCUUGGCCGGCCGCGGCUCCUGCACCGGCCGGGAGCGAAUUGUUGAGCGUGCGCAGCCGGCUUCCCUGAGCGGCAAGUACCACCAGAACGAGGAACGACACUUCUUGAUCGGGAGACCGUUAACUGCUCCACCGUCGCAACAUCUGGGUGACUCCAAGGAAAGUACACUCCAACGCUAUGAACGCUUAGAAAAAAUGCAGCAACACUUCUGGCAAAGAUGGCAGCGUGAAUAUCUGUCUGAGAUGCAGCAGAGAACAAAAUGGAAAAGCAGUACAUCAAAGCUGGACAUAGGAGAUAUGGUACUCUUGGCAGAUGACAAUGCUCCUCCACUAUCUUGGAAGCUCGGGAGAGUACUACGCCUCAUCACGGGAUCCGAUGGAACAGCGAGAGUGGCAGACAUCACCACUAAUAAAGGCUGUGUGCGCCGAUCUCUAGUAAGGCUGUGCAAGCUGCCGACAGCCGAGGAACUUCAAGGUUGAAAGUGAUCUUUCAACGGCCGGGAGGAUGUUCAGACUGACGCCUGCUCAAUAUUGCGUCGGGGCACAGUGACGCGAAAAUUGCCGUCGCCCGCAUCAGGCGCUUGGGCAUUUUUUAAUACAAAUCGGUCGCGGGUGUGCCACUUGUCCCGAGAUCACCGUAACGUUCACAUGUAUUUUUUUCAAUUAUACUAUUUUAAAGUAUCCGGUUGUUUAACUUAAGGCACCAUUCUAUUUACUAAAG